AUGAACAACCUCACGAGAGAGGUCGACGAGCGCAAGAAAAAACUGGAGGACCGGGAGAACGAGGUGGCUACGCGAGAGAAGAAUAUGGAGAACAAGGAGGAAGAACUACAAGUCAAAGCAGAGGAGCUGCAAUCUCAUGAGGCCAAGCUCAAAGAGGAGGGCCGGCGUCUCCAGAACAAACGAGAGAAGCCGAGACGAGAGAAGCAACAAGGAGGCCGAAUAUCGCUGAGGCAGGCGAAGAUUUUGAAUGAAAUGAAGCGCCAGACCCGGCUCCUGGAAGAGCAGUUCAAGAACAACGGGUGCCCAGCUGCGUUUAAAGAGCUCGAAACCAACCGCAACCGGAUUGAGGAAGAGAGGACGGCGAUGCAAGCAGAACGGGAUGGAGUGAGAACGCAGUCGGAAUCGAUGAAGGCUGCGCUAGAGGCGGUGAAAACGGAGAACAGCGGAUUGCAAGAAACCAUCGCGAGACGAGAGCUGCAGCUGCAUACGUACAAGUAUAGCGCGGUGACCGAGGAAGCUAUCGAAGAGUUCACGGAAUGGAACGCCGAGAUCCGAAAUGGUAACACGAGCACAAUGCAGAAGAAGCGCGACUUCAUUCUGGGCAAAAUGAAGGAGGCGUUUGGAUCGAAGACGGCGGACGCUGAAGAGUUCAAGGCGCUUGCGGUCGAGUUCUGGGAGAAAAGAAAUGAGUUGGUCCACGACAAGACAGGUACCGUCAUUCACUCGAUGGACCACGGCAGAUACGCGUGUGUAUGCGCGAAGAUUAUGGAAGCAUUGGCUGCGUUUGAGAGUGCCAUCCUGCUGUAG